UCUAAAAAUUUUAACAGAAAAAAAUAAUAACAACCAGUGCGGAACAAACUGAAGAACAGAUCCAAACUGAGACAAGAUAGAUUAUUUACCAAAAAGAUCUCACAUUUAUCUCCAAUUGAAACCUUAGACGAGUUUCCAAAGUGAGCUACUUCUCCACUUAACCCCAAAAGUGUGGCUGAUUGCUCAAGGACUUGGGUACAUACUAUUUGCUUAUCCAGUCACCACAAUUCUAUUCGAGAUACAUGUAAAUGCUUGCAAUUUAGAAACUAAAAUAGGCAUUGAUGAUUCCAAAACUUCAUAAAUAGGAGCUUGAUUUGAAACUUGGUUGCCUUGUUUGAGUAAAGGAUAUGAGGACUUCAGAAUGAAGAGAGCAUCAGCAAUCCUCCUUAGCUUCACCACAUUUUGCUACCUUCUUUCUUUAUGUUUUGGAUUUGUGGCCUUUGGGAAAGACACAAAAGGGAACAUUCUUGCUGAAUUUGGUUCCAUGAAGCUUAAUUGGCCGAUUCGGUUGGCCAACGCUUGCGUUGUCAUUCACCUGACGGGAGGGUACCAGGUAUAUAUAAAUUUAAAAUUUCUAUUUACUUGCAUUUGUACUCCUUAUGAAUUCAUAACCAGGUCACACAUUAUCAUUCUGCACUCCUUCAGAACUCUACAUGUGGCUGCGACAAUCAGGAUUGCGAUAGCGUUUCCAGACAUCAAUGCGAUAUUGAGAGUGGGUGCGCUUCGGAUUCUCAGCGGUGCAAUCUUGCUUUUGUGCUUGUUUACUCUUGUUGGAUCAAUUGCAGGAUCCCUUUGA